AAAACGAAUCACAAUCAGUUGAUUCUAAUUGCUGAAAGUUCAAUCAACAUGUUAACAUCAACAGUUGAUUUUCAAGAGAUGAUAAUCAAAUCAAUUGUCCCAUCAAGUUUAUUUUCCUUGUCAAUUUUGAGGAAAAAUAAAUUUAGUCAAUUUCUCCAUGUAUUUGUAUCUCUUAUGUUCAUAAUCAAAGGUUUAUUCGGACUUUAUAUCAUCUAUUUUGAGUCACCUAAUAAUUUCAACAAUUUAGUUCAUAAAUACGAAACAGUUUGGUCCAAAUUCAAUAGUAUCUUAUUUGGAUUAACGUGUGGAUAUUAUCUGUUCAGUCGGCGAUUAUUUCAUAAACUAUUAUCUUCUUAUCAUGAGAUAAUUUACCGGAACAAGGAAAUUGCUGCUGAUUAUCUGAUUAGACAGCAAAAGAUAAUCAAGUUUCUAUUCGUUUACGCCAUUUUCUAUGAGAUCAUCUGUGAAGUGGCAAAAAAUGACACUCGCUACAUUCCUGAUGCACUAAUUAGCCCAGAAAAUUAUAUUUAUAAACAUAUUUUAUUUGCGAUAAUAUUAAUCGCUUCGAAAAUUGGUCUCAUUUGCCAAUUUCAAUUUAUUCUUGAGAUUUGUUUCCACCUUGAAUCAGCAUUCAUGGUUCUUAAUCAAUGUCUUGAUAAUCUGAGACCAUGGUACUUGGUGAAAGGAGAUGAAACCGGGGGGAAAAGUUCUGAAGAGAAAAUGAGAUCAUGUCGACUCAUGUACAUUAAGAUAAUUAAGACUGCUCGUUAUGCAGAUAAGUUUUUCACUCUCACCUUGUUAACCUUUUACCUGUUUUUCGUUGGCCUUUGGCUUUUCAUAGUUCGAGCAAUUUUUGUGACCACUCAAUCUUUCAUCAAUCUAAUUCUAACCAUUGCAAGAUUCAUCGGUGAAUCAACUUAUUUACUAUUAAUCACCUAUCACCUAAUCCGAGUUAAUCAAUUGUCCAACAAAUUGUUCAAAAAAGUUUACGCGCUUUCAUUUGAUUUGAAAUCUUUUGAAUUCACAAAUGAGGUAAAUCUUUUCUUGCUUCGAAUCUCAAGACAUGAUGUUGGAUUUAGAUUCGGUCGAUUACUUUUCAUUACUCCCAAUUUCGUUUCAUCGCUGGCCACUAUUUCACUGACCAUUGGAUUAGCAUUAGCAAGUUUAUUCUAAAGAAAGAUGGACAAUAAACUAUCAAAUUGUCGAAAAAAUUAUUCUCAACAAUUCUAACGUCAUGAUCGUUUUAUUGUUUCAAUCAAUUACAUUGUAUUGGUCCGAUUUAAAUCGCACUGAUCAGUUAAUUGUGUUUUCCCCGUUUCCAUAAUUAAACGAUGAUUGAAUUAGUUACAUACAUUAUAACAUUGAUCAAUGUCAUUUAGUGUUAUGCAAAUUGUUAAUGAAAAAAAAAUGAUUGAUUAGAUAAUUGAUUGAUUGUAACUGUUUAUCGUCACAAUGAUAAGUUGUUUUGUAUUUGCCCUUAAUCAAAAAUUAGUCUCUUUUUUUAAUAUUAUUAAUAAAUCAUUGACUUAGGAAAGCUUGUUAACAAUUUAAUUGUUACAAUCAACUGA